AUGCAGGAAGAGAACAGGGGAAACAAGAGAGAGCAAGUCUUCGACCUGGAAAAGUACGUUGGGAAAAGGGUGAAAAUAUCCUUCUUCGGGGGAAUUUCUGUUGUUGGGACUUUGCUGGGGUACGAUCAGCUUCUGAAUCUCGUCCUGGAGGGGGCGAAAAUAUGCGAGUUCCUGGAGAGUGACGGGAAUGCAGCACUUCACGGACUACGCGCGGAGUCUCCUUCGAGCAUGGUCUGCAAGGGAGCGUCUAUAUGCUCGAUAGAGCUUGCCUCUUCCCCGGACAGUGCGGAGCAGUGCGCAUACGCUGAGGGAAGUUGCUACAAAGUCACACAACCCGAAUAA